AUGGAGGAAGAGUACGUGACGAAUCAGGAGCGGCUGAAGCCGCAGGAGGAGAAGAACGAGGAGGAUCGGUCCAAGGUGGACGAUCUUCGCGGAACUCCCAUGAGCGUGGGAAGUCUUGAAGAAAUUAUCGACGAGAAUCACGCCAUCGUGUCGUCAUCUGUAGGCCCGGAGUAUUACGUCAGCAUCCUGUCGUUUGUGGAUAAGGAUCAAUUGGAGCCUGGCUGCUCUAUCCUCAUGCACAAUAAGGUGCUGUCAGUGGUGGGCAUCCUACAGGACGAGGUGGACCCCAUGGUAUCCGUGAUGAAAGUGGAGAAAGCUCCCCUGGAGUCCUACGCCGAUGUCGGUGGGCUGGAGCAGCAGAUUCAGGAGAUCAAGGAAGCGGUGGAGCUUCCUCUGACACAUCCGGAGCUUUACGAAGACAUUGGUAUCAAGCCUCCCAAGGGAGUCAUUCUCUACGGUGAACCAGGCACUGGCAAGACCCUGCUGGCGAAGGCUGUCGCCAACUCCACGUCAGCCACCUUCCUCCGCGUGGUAGGCAGUGAGCUCAUCCAGAAGUACCUGGGCGAUGGACCCAAGCUCGUGAGGGAGCUGUUCCGAGUGGCGGAUGACCUUUCGCCCUCCAUUGUCUUCAUUGAUGAGAUUGAUGCUGUGGGAACCAAACGUUACGACGCUCAUUCGGGAGGUGAGCGGGAGAUUCAGCGGACGAUGCUUGAGCUGCUGAAUCAGCUGGAUGGCUUCGAUUCUCGUGGAGAUGUCAAGGUCAUUCUAGCCACCAACCGCAUCGACAGUCUUGACCCUGCGCUGCUGCGUCCGGGUCGUAUUGACCGCAAGAUCGAGUUCCCUCUGCCUGACAUCAAGACCAAGCGCCGCAUUUUCCAGAUCCACACAUCUCGCAUGACAACAGCUGAGGAUGUGAACUUGGAGGAGUUUGUACUUAGCAAGGAUGAGCUUUCGGGUGCUGACAUCAAGGCAAUGUGCACAGAGGCUGGGCUGCUUGCUCUUCGCGAAAGACGCAUGAAGGUGACACAAGCUGAUUUCCGGAAGGCUAAGGAGAAGGUGUUAUACAAGAAGAAAGAAGGUGUUCCUGAGGGUCUUUACAUGUAA